AUUUCCGCUCGCAAUUUGCCGCCCAGCAGGGCAUUCUGGGAUUACGGGGUCCCCCAAACUGUCAUGGCGUCCUAGGAAGAUGGCGACUGCCAUACAACAGGCUUUCCUGGAGUAUCUAAUAAUUUAAAUUCAAGGCAUUGGAGACAUAGCUAGUGACAGAGGGCCAAGGGAACAGUGGACUGACUGCCAGGGGCCAGCGAUUUUUAGGCCAUCAAUCACCCCACAGAGCUGAUAAAAUGGAGUGUGCAGUUGACACACAGCCAGGCGGGGACGAGGCUGCAGAGCAAGAACACACUCUGGAGGAAACAUCUGCAAAGGAAGGAAGUGAGACGCCGCAGAAGAAGAACAAGAAGCACAAAAAACACAAGAGCAAGAAGAAGAAGAAGAAACGUGGCAAGGGAGAGAGAGAGACGAGCUCAGAGUCGGCCCCAGAGUCCGAUGUAGAAAAGCCGCCAAUCAGAACCAGAGCAGGCUUGAGGAGUGCUGGCCCAGUGGCCUCCGAUGCAGGAGUAGACACGAAAGAGGAGGCAACAAAGGACUUGAUCACAGCUAUACCUGAGGUAGAAGGUGACGCUAAAGCCAGAAAACACAAAAGACAUGCUGGGAAAAAGAAGAGAAAAAGGAGGAGAAAAGGGGAAGAAAAGCAGGAGAAGAACUCUUCUUCACACUCUCUAUCAGAGAGCGAAUCUAUGUCAGGAACAGAUUCUGAGUCUGAGGGGAAGCCAGCUGGCAUGGUAGUGCAGGCUGUUCCCAUGCAGUCUAAGGCCAGGCAAGAGGAGCGAGUUCCCUCCCUAUGCAUCACUUUGGCCCAAAAAGAGGAAUCUCUGAAAGUGAUGUGUCAACCCUCAGAUAAUGAGUCCGCGGAUACAGGAGGAAAGACAGAAGAGAAGGUUUCCCCUGCUAACAGGGAGAACCAAACCAUCUCUGUCACAAAGCCGGAAGAUCCACGGAGCGACGGGAGCUUCAGCCACACCCAGGAGCUUCCUGACAUCAUCCCCAAGCAGGAUGGCCAGAAGGAGGAAACCAACCCAGAGCAGAGGUCAAAGGUGAAGAACCAGGCUCCCUCCAGGUCAAGGUCAGGGUCGCUGACAGACACUAAGAUGGCUAGAUCGAGUCUUAGUCGUUCGCCCAGCCCUAAGCGGUCCAGAUCAAGUCGCAGUCGUUCACGAAGCCCCGUGGGAUUGUCUAGUCAGCCAGUGUCUGGCAGGGGCAGGUCUCGAUCUGGCUCAAAAAGCAUGACUCCCAAGAGGAAGCAGUCCAAGUCCCCCAAAAGGACAAGACGCAAGUCCCCAUCUCUGUCCCCCAGGACAAGACGCAAGUCCCCAUCUCUGUCCCCCAGGACAAGACGCAAGUCCCCAUCUUUGUCCCCCAGGACAAGACGCAAGUCCCCAUCUCUGUCCCCCAGGACAAGACGCAAGUCCCCAUCUCUGUCCCCCAGGAAGACGCAAGUCCCCAUCUCUGUCCCCCAGGAGAGGACGCAAGUCCCCAUCUCUGUCCCCCAGGAGAGGACGCAAGUCCCCAUCUCUGUCCCCUAG